AUGGCGAGCACAUGCCGACAUAUAUGUCAAACGGCACGUCAGUCUGUAAAUGUAUGCAAAUUAGGUUUUUGCCGAUGGUAGCAUGCUUUUAAAAUCUAACAGAUUGUAAAGUAUUAAUAAUUAUUAAUGUUAAACUUUUAUUUAAAAAGCACUAAAAUAAAACAUUUGGGACAAUCUGUGAAAGAUACAUCAUGGGGAAAGUUAAAAAAGGUCGCAGAGGAGGAAAAGACUCUGAAAGCGAUUCUGAGGGUGAGGUAGAAGUAGUGGAUAAAACCAUUUCAAAAAAAUCGAAGGGCGAAAAUAAGAAGAAAGAUUACGAUGAUGAAGGUGAUCUUAAUGCAAAGUCUGUAAAGAAAGCAAAAGGAAAGAAACUGAACGAUUCUCUCACAGAUGACGAAAUGAAUGAAAAUAAUAAAAAGAAAUCGAAAACGAAAGGGAAAAAGAAAGCAGAUCCUGAAGAUUCAGAACCUGAAUCUGUGGCAGUGUCUCAAGUGCAGAAAUCUUUUGCCCUUUUAGAAGUGGAAAGUGACAAUGAUGAUAAACCGAUAAAUGCUCAAUUGGAUAGUGAAGAGGAUAAACCAAUUAAAAAAGAGACUGGCAAAAAAUCAAAAAAGGCACGCAGAAAACGAGAUGAUAGUGAUGAUGACCUUGAUCAAGUAUUAGCAGAGUUAGAAAUGGAAUAUUCGGGCACUAAACCUGCCAUUGAGCAAGAAACCACGCCAAUAAUCGAUGAAGCACCAGAGCCUAAAGCAAAAAUUAAAAAAGAAAAAAAACCUCAAAAGGCAAUUGAGAAUGACGUUGAAGAUGACAAUGAAGUAACAUCGACAAUGAAAACAACGGCUCAGAAAAAGAAAGAAAAGAAGGAAAGGGAAAAGCAAAAGAAAAUUGAAGACAAACAAUUAGCACGCAGCAAGUUGGAGGCUAAACAAGCAACCGAAACAGAUGCAGUUGAAGUGGAAGCUCCAAUUGAAGAACAGGCAGAUGAAGGUGAGAGGGAUAGUAAGAAAAAAAAGAAAAAAGGGGCGAAAGUUGAAGAAAAGGAUGAUAAGAAGGAUGCAAAGAAGGGCCCGGGUAAGAAGACGAUAGCUGCCAUGCAGGAAGCUCUUAAGAAAAUGCGCGAGGAGCAGGAGAGAUUGGAGAGGGAAGAAGAGGAACGGAUCAAACGUGAGGAGGAGGCCGAGCAGGAACGCUUGGAAACUUUGAGGCUUGAAAAGGAGAAGAAAGAGAAGAAAAAGCAGAAGGAGAAAGAAAAGAGGGAGCGAUUGAAAGCCGAAGGAAAAUUACUAACUGCAAAACAGAAGGCUGACCGCGCACGUGCACAGGCCAUGAUCGAUAACUUAAAGGCGCAGGGUUUGGAGUUACCGGAUGUCGGCGAGAGAAAACCCAGACUGGGGACGAGGAUAAAACCGUCAAAACUGAAGACGCAAAAGAGCACAGAGAAUCAAAAGGAGGCCGAGGAGCCGAAAAUGGAGUCUGCUCCAGUAGAGACUAAGGUGGAAGUUGAAAUUGUCGAGCAGGUUGCAGUAAAGGAAUCGGAGGAUGAGGUGAAAGAUGCAUGGGAUGCUGAUAGUAGCGAUGACGGUGGAUCUGAUGAAGUCGCUGCUCCAACAGAAGCGAAGGUGAUUGAAAAAGAAAUCAAAGUUGAGAAAAGGGAAGAGUCAGAGGAAGAAGAUGAAAGUAGCGAAGAUGAAAACGAAAGUGAAAAUGAUGAAGACUCAUCUAGCAGUGAAGACGAUUCAGAAGAAACGGAUAAUCGUACCGACGCGGAGAAGAGGCGGGAUAGGGCAAAGCAGAGAAUAGAGCAAAGGCAAAUUGAUGCCGAAAAGAAUCGUACGCCGGAUAAUUUAAGGGCAGCAGUCGUUUGCGUUUUGGGUCAUGUAGAUACUGGAAAGACAAAAAUUUUGGACAAACUUCGAAGGACAAAUGUUCAGGAUGGUGAAGCGGGUGGAAUUACUCAACAAAUUGGAGCAACUAACGUACCCCUAGAUGCAAUUAAGGAACAAAUUAAAUAUGUGAAAGGCUUUGCAGAUAUGAAAUUCAAACUGCCCGGUUUACUAAUCAUCGACACCCCUGGUCACGAGUCCUUCAGUAAUCUAAGAAGCAGAGGCUCGUCUCUGUGCGACUUUGCAAUCCUUGUUGUUGAUAUUAUGCAUGGAUUGGAGCCUCAAACAAUUGAAUCACUCAAUUUACUCAAGUCCAAGAAGACGCCGUUUGUCGUUGCGCUUAACAAGGUAGAUCGUCUGUACGAUUGGAAAACAAUGGGCAGAAGAGAUAUCAGCGACGUGAUCGCAAAUCAAGCGGGUAAUACUCAACUGGAAUUCACGCAACGUACACAAGAGGUUAUCGUGCAGUUUGCCGAACAAGGCUUAAAUGCUGCUUUGUGUUAUGAGAAUCCAGAUGAAAGAAGCUAUGUGUCGUUAGUGCCAACUAGUGCCGUAACCGGCGAAGGGAUGGGUAACUUAUUAUCUUUGAUUGUUGAAAAUUGUCAAAAUCGACUAACAAAAAGGUUAAUGUACUCGGAAGAAUUGCAAGCAACUGUACUUGAAGUGAAGGCUAUUCCUGGUUUGGGAACGACCAUUGAUGCGAUUUUAAUUAAUGGAACAUUAAGAGAGAGCGACACCAUGGUGUUGGCGGGAACAGACGGACCAAUAACGACACAAAUCAGAUCGUUGCUCAUGCCACAGCCGAUGAAAGAACUACGUGUCAAGAAUGCGUAUGUUGAAUACAAAGAAAUCAAAGCGGCUCAGGGUGUGAAGAUUGCCGCAAAAGAGCUUGAGAAGGCAAUCGCUGGAUUGAACCUCUACAUUGCUCAAAAACCAGAUGAAGUGGACAUAAUGCGUGAGAAUGUGGCGAAGGAAUUGAAAACCGCUUUGUCCGCAAUUAAAUUACAGGAGCGCGGUGUUUACGUUCAAGCGUCGACGCUAGGGUCAUUGGAAGCAUUAUUAGAGUUCUUGAGAGCAAGUAAAAUACCGUAUUCUGGCAUUCGGAUAGGUCCCGUCGUAAAGAAAGACGUAAUGAAGGCGUCGAUUAUGUUAGAACAUGAAAGCCAGUACGCCACAAUCUUAGCGUUUGACGUCAAGAUCGAACGUGACGCCCAAGAGUUAGCCGACAAUUUAGGUGUAAAGAUUUUCCAGGCCGAUAUAAUAUAUCACUUGUUUGACAAGUUCAUGGCGUAUCGCGAGGAGCUGAAGCAGAAGAAACGCGAAGAAUUCAAGCAUAUUGCCGUGUUUCCAUGCAAACUGCGAAUUUUACCGCAGUUUGUAUUUAAUUCGCGAGAUCCCAUAGUUGUCGGAGUGAUGAUUGAGGGCGGUAUUGUAAAGGAAGGUACCCCCAUUUGUGUUCCUAGCAAAGAGUUUGUGGACGUAGGAAUUGUGACUAGUAUAGAAGUUAAUCAUAAAAAUGUAGAGAGUGCUCGUAAGGGAAUGGAGGUUUGCAUUAAAAUAGAACCAAUACCUGGAGAAUCUCCAAAAAUGUUUGGAAGACAUUUUGACGAGAAAGAUUUUCUUAUUAGCAAAAUAUCCCGGCAGUCCAUCGACGCCUGCAAAGAUUAUUUUAGAGAUGAUCUUACAAAACAGGACUGGCAGUUAAUGGUUGAACUGAAAAAACUUUUCCAAAUUUUGUAAUUGAUUACUCGAACUCUUAUCUAUUAUGGCUGUUGUUUAUAGUGUGCUGAGAAAUACGAAAACGAGAAACAUAUUUAUAUACAAUUCUUUAUUUUCAAAAUUAACUUUACAUGUAUAUAAUUCGUAAGAGCUUGUAAAGGUUUUAAUUAUACUUAAAUCCUGUUGUGUA